UGGAGACAGUGCGGCCGUGUCCAAACCAGGACAAUUAUAUUAUACAUAAUAUUGACAUAUAUCACAGAUGAUGAUGUAAUUUCCUGCCUCUCCCUCUCCACCGGCGCUUAGCUCAGACACGCUCAGUGUGAACCAUGGCGAGACAUAUGCCGCCGCUGUCGUUGCUACUGCUGCUGGGAACAUUAGUUUCUGGAUUGGUGCAAGGGAGUGACUGUAAUAAAGGCAGCGAAACUGUGAAGGAAGGAUAUAGCAAUAUUGAAGAAGGCGGACAGAUUUAUGAAGGGUAUUUGAAGGUUGGGAAAGAUUUUAAUGGUGUGAGUCUUGAAGUGCGCGGAACGAAUGACUCAAAGCAUGCCUGGUUUCCUAAGGAACCUUGUUUCCCACAUACUGGCAGAUGGACACAAAUAGUUACAAAGAUGAAAGUAGAACACAACAAGACUACUAUGACGCUGAAUAGUGGUGACUGUCGGGAAACGUGCACGAUAAACAGCACUCUCUCCGGUAAAUUCAUUGUAGUACCUUAUGGUUCUGGAUUGUGGCGAGUGAGUCCACCGGAAAAAGACUGCGUGUUUGAAAACUUGAUGCCACACCCAUCUAACAAAUUGGAAUCCACCUGCAAAGAACGAACAUCGACCGCAACCGCUUAUACAUAUAGUAAAUGGAGCAGCACACUGCCGUUAUGGGCAAUAGCGUUAGUGGGGGUGUUACUUGUGGCUGUUGUGGGCACGAUAGUGGUCUUUGUGCAGUGGAAGUAUCACACAUCACGCAAUGCAACAAAUGUAUUCAGUGAAUUUAGUGAGCCGCACAACUCGCCUCGCGUUAUCAAGAAUGAUGACGUGUACGAGGCGCUGGACUACUCUGCCAUCAAGCAUUACCAGUCGUCCGAGGCGACCCACUGGAACUCCAAGACGGGCCUCUCGCCAGUGCAGGGAGAACAACCGUGCACUAUUGAAAAUGAGCUGUACGAAUCUUUCAGCAGAUACAAGCACAGACAGGACCAGUAGGCGACCCCAAAGAUCACAUCCAUUAAUUGCUAUUUUUAUUCUUUUUUCAAAUAUUUGAUAUGUUGCAUAGGAGAUUAAGUACAAGAAAUCAAAGUUUGAUAAUGCAUAGAUUUCCUUUCUCAUGAUAAUCUUUAAUUAUGAUAAUUUUUUUUUUUUUUAUUGGAUAAACUUUAUACUAGAUAUUCCAAGGAAAAUUUUGUUACCUCUGAGUUGGUCUGGCAUUCAUGAUCAGUGCUACACGAGGUGCCCAGCCUGUGUCUGUCGGCCUUUUGUAGCCUCAUUUCUUAUUGGCUGUUCAGAUAUUUCAUCCUUGAUUUGCAUUAAAUAUGAUUAUGUUUG